UGGGCGAGGAGCAGCUGAGCUGGCUCCGACUCCUGGUCUACGUCCUGCCGCCCUGCCACUGCGACACCCUCCGUCGCCUCCUCCUGCUCCUUCACAAGGUGGCACAGCAGGCCGGGCCCCAAGGACACCAGAUGCCCGGAAACAAGAUGUCGGCGGCGAACCUGGCGGUGAUAUUUGGGCCCAACGUCCUGCACCCUCCGCCCCCUCCGCCGCCGGGCAGAGCGGAAGAGGAGGCCCUGCUGCCGCGGGCACGAGGGGGAAGAGGAGGAGAGCGGGCGGUUGGCCUGGGACACAGCGCCGCCGUCAUCGCCCUGAUGCAGGCCCUCAUCCACAACCACCGCGCCCUCUUCACCGUGUCCCCGGAAGCUCAGCGGGCGGUGCUGACGAGCCUGUGGCGGACGCACCCCGACGUGGCCGGGCCCCUCCUGCAGCGCCGGCUCCACGGCGCCCGGGGGUGGGAGGUAGACGCCUCGGCUGGAGGUGUCGGGCGGGAACCCAGGCAGGCAGACGUCCGGCCGCCCUGCCCGGCCGAUCCCGUGGCACCGCUCCCGCUCCCGCCCCGGGGGGCCCGGGAGGAAGAGUCCGUGCGGGCCGGUCCCAGGCCCCGGCGCUCCCCGAGGCCGUCGCCGUCCGCCUCCUCCCUCUUCUGCUGGGGGGCGGCCCACCGGAUCGCCGCUCCGCUCGCCACCCUGAGGACAGGCCCCUCGCCGCACAGGGACCCUCCCAGAGCCCGCAGGAUGUCCCGCUCCCACGAAGACCUGAGCCGGCUGGCUUCCCGCCCUCCUCAGGAGUGAGGCCCCGGGGGGUCCGGGCCCCGGACACGGCCCCCACGGGACCCCGCCCUCCGGCCGGCGGUCCUAGUUGGGGGCCCCGGGGCCGGCUGCUGCCAGGGGACACUGCGGGCACCGGGCCCGCCAAGCUCAGGGACCCUCCGGAAGAUGCUUCAGCUUCAGCCCGCACUUCCCAGCCUCCUCCACGAUGUCCUCCCAGCUUCCUCCACAUCGUCCUCCCCGUCGUCCCGGCAUCCUCCUUGCCAUCCUGUCAACGUCCUCCUCACCGUCGUCCCAGUAAGCCGCUCACCGUCCUCCCGGCGUCCUCUUCACUGUCUCCCAACAUCGUCCUCAGCAUCGUCUCAACAUCCUCAGUGUCUUCUCAGCGUCAUCCUCAGCAUCCAUCUUUCUCACCGUCCUCCCAGCAUCCUCCUCCCUGCCCUCCUCACUGUCCUUUCAUUCAUUCAUUCAUUCAUUCAUUCAUUCGUAUUUAUUG